CGUUAAACACGUGAAUACGCUUAGCGUAAACGGAUACAGUACAAGAAAAAUAUAUUUUAUUUUUUUUUUAAAAUAGAACGAAGAAGAAUAUAUUAUUUCUUCACUCUACAACAACAACAAACAUAACUUAUAUAUAGAAACACAGAUUUUGUUUUAAAAAUCGUCACCUUUAAUUGUUGUUGAAAACAAAAAAAAAAGAUUUCGUAAGAAUAAAUUCAACUUGCAUCAGCUUUUAUUUUUAAUAAACAAAUAUGUGCUGAAAACCUUAAAAUAUUUAAAUAAUUUAAAAUAAAAAAAAAUAUUUAAAAAAGAAAACAUUUAGCUUUAAGAAUUUAAAAGCAAAACUUAGCAACUCUGCUGUCAUUCAUGCUCUCACUUUACCAAACGUCGUAUGACUAAGAAAAUUGAUGACAAAACAAAGUGCGCAUAAAAAUAAAUAGAGAAAUAUCAAAAAGAAUAAAAUAUUAAGAGAAUUAUUAUUAACAAAACAACCCAAGUGUUGAAAAAAAUUUAAAACAAAAAUAAAAUACAAGUUAGUGAUAUAUUUGUUUGCCAAUUACAGUGUUAAACACUUUAAAAAUAAAUUAAACUAUAAAAAAAAACACAAAAAAAUAUACAAUAUGGAUACGAAUACAACCAACUUAACUGCCUCCUCGCCACAAGCCACUGCAACAGCAACAACAACACCUGCCACGUCUCUCAACAAUGCAACAGCCUCUAAAAUCACCUACUCACAGCCAGGUUCUCCCGUUCCCAGCGAUAAUAAUAGUAAUAAUACAGCAGCCACUAAUAACUCAAGCAGUAGAUCUAGCGUGUAUUCACCACCCGGCACACCUUCCUCUGGCCUUUCAACACCCAAGAAAAAUUUCCUAGAUGCUGUUAUGCUGCAAACCAUACGCCAGAAGCUUUCUACACCCGGUGGAGCCUUUGAAUUGCAGUCUUUGCGUUUGGAUUCCACCUUAGAUUCAGCGGUGAAUGUGGUUAAAGAUCGUUAUUUAAUAUGUGCCAAACCCAAACAUAUACCAGCAGCUGCCUUUGCCAAAGCUCCCUCCUGCUAUCGCCACCUGGUGGACAUGAAUAUGUCCAAUCUCAAGUGCACCGAUGUCUUUACCGGUGAACAGUUCCUAUGCAAGGUUAUCAAUGAGCCCCUGCACAAAGUACAACAGGCCUAUUUCAAGCUGCAACAAGAAUCUGAUCAAUGCCGCAGCUCAAUUUAUGGCCAUCAACUGAUACGGGGUGUCAAGGAUAUAGUGGCUUUGAAUAAUCAGCGUACCUAUGUCAUAUUGGCGCCACCACAACCCCUUAAUGCCUGUGAUAGCACCGUGGGAGUGUUUGAGGAUUUACAUACCUAUCUGCGUGAUAAGCAUCGUUUGUCGGAGCCAGAGGCUAGAUCUUUGUUCCAUCAGAUUUGUGAAACCGUAAUGGUGUGCCAUCGUAAUGGCAUUAUUUUGCGUGAUCUCAAAUUGAAGCGUUUCUUUUUUGUGGAUGAAGCUAGAACCAAACUCCAAUAUGAAUCUCUGGAAGGUUCCAUGAUCCUCGAAAAUCCUGAGGAUGAUACGUUAAGUGAAAAAAUUGGCUGCCCUCUCUACACCGCCCCAGAAUUACUGUGCCCCGAACCCACCUACAAGGGCAAACCCGCCGAUAUGUGGGCUUUGGGAGUGAUCUUGUACACCAUGCUGGUGGGACAAUAUCCCUUUUUCGAAAAAGGCAAUAGCAAUCUCAUAACCAUAAUACGUCAAUGUUUUGUCCAACUGCCUGGCCAUUUAUCACGUUCGGCACGCUGGCUUUUAUUGGCUCUGCUCAGGAAAAAUAUCACCGAUCGUGUGCCCAUAGAACACAUAUUUCUAUCGCCCUGGCUUAAAGAACAAAAACCCUUUCAUAUGUACAUACCGGUGGAUGUCACCAUACCAGAUGAUGAUGACGAUUGUAUGGCCAGCAAUGAAACCUUGGAUUGCAUGGAUAUUGUAGAAGAUGAUGGUGUACAGCCUUUGGAUUAUUCCUGCAGCACCUUAAGCAUGAAUUGCCUUAAUGAUUCAUAUGCAGAAAUGGGUUGACAAUGGUAUUGUCAUAACCAUUAAGCAGCCGGCAUAAGCUUUCUUAUGCUCGAAGCUAAAGACUUAAUCUUUAAUGCGCUGGCGCGCUAGCUUCGUCGUAGUAGUUGCUCUUCGUUAAACCACAAGGGACGUUCGACUUCUUAGAAACAAAAAAUCAAUAAAAAAAAAAUCAUUGGUUUGAUCUAUUCUCCCUUAGAACGUCAGCUCAAAGACUUGUUAAUGUCGUUGCUGUUGUCCGCCUUCGUUCCUACUAUCGAAACUAUCCUCAUUAAAAUAAAAGUAAAACAAAACACCUGCAUCUAAUUGAGAGAGAGAGAGAGAGAGAGUGUGAGACUGAUUAAUAUGUCUGACAGACAACUUAAGCCUUGCUUACAAGUAGUACCCUUCAAAGUAAAACGCAGUGGUCUAUUUCGCGUCUAUUUCUUCCCCUAAACCCCCCUUCCCUAUAGUUUUUAAAUCUUAGUAAAUUAAAUAAUUUGUUGAAUUUUUUUUUUAUUUUUUUUAUAUUUUUUUUUUAAUUUGUAGUAAAAUUUUGUUGUUACUCUGUUGCCUUGAAUUUUUAAUUAAAACACACCCAAAUAGUUCGAAGUUCUUCCAAGUUUCAUGUAAAAAAAAUGUUUUAAGUUUUGUAAUCAAAUAAAAAAAUUAUUACUGUUGUAUUUAAUAAAAAAAAAGAAAAUUGUAUAUAUUUAAGUUAAAAAAAUUUACCCCCAACCUUCAGAAGAAAAAUAUAAGAAUUGAGUUGUUUUUAUUUAAUUUGCUAAACAAAAACAGAAAAGAAAAAGAAAAAAUGUUUUAUAAAAAUCAUUGAAAAAUAUAUAAAUAAUUUGAUCUCAAUAUUAAUUAAA